AUGUUGAUCACUGGGAACAACCUCAAGAUCAUAGAAGAAACUAAGAAGAACCUGCAUGCAGCCUUCAAGAUGAAAGAUCUUGGAGAGUUAAGGUACUUUCUUGGAAUUGAGUUCAGCAGGUCGAGGAGAGGAAUCUUAAUGAAUCAACGAAAGUAUGCAUUGGAACUCAUUAGAGAUUUAGGACCAAGUGCAUCCAAACCAUCCUACACUCCACUGGAGUACAAUAAAAAACUUACUGAUAAAAGGUUAGAUGAGAUUACAGGAGCUGAAGGUGAUGACCUCUUAGAAGACAAGGGAAAAUAUAAGAGACUCAUUGACUGGGCAUCAUGUCCCAACACAAGGAGAUCAGUGACUGGAUUUCUCAUUAAGCAUGGAAAUUCAAUCAUAUCAUGGAAGUCAAAGAAGCAACACACAAUCUCUAGAAGCUCAGCUGAAGUAGAAUAUAGAAGCAUGGCGUGGACAGUUGCUGAACUAGUUUGGUUGGCAGGGUUAUUCAAGAAACUUGGAACAGAGAUGAAAUUGCCAAUCAACAUAUUCUGUGAUAGCAAAGCAGCACUACAAAUUGCAGCCAAUCCAGUAUAUCAUGAAAGAACUAAGCAUAUAGAAAUAGAUUGUCACUUUAUAAGAGAGAAAAUACAGCAAGGAUUGAUCAAAACGUAG